AUGAACAAGUCUCGUCUCCUGCUUAUUUGCAUAAUCCUUGGAGUUCACGGAGAAGGGCUCAAGGAGAAGAUUGAAGGUGAGUUUAAUUCAUUUUUCCACACCGAAUAAUCCAACUUUGUAAAAUUUGUGAUAUAUUUAAAAUUGAAGGUAUCAUCGAAAACAAGGCUCAAAAAUACGCCUUGUCCCUUAAUUCCACACAAAAGGAACUGUUUCUGGCAGAAGCCAACCUAGAAUCCAAGAAUUUAACCCGCACUCGUCUGGUGAUGUCUGAUCAGACAACUUAUUCAUUGCUCCUGGACCUUCUGAAAGAGUCAUUCCAGUCCGGCGAAGUGUCUGCUACUGCUACCGACUACUUGAUCAACGUAAGUCCUUUUGACUUUCAUUACUAAUAUUGACGCAAUUCCAUUUACAAAAUUUGUGAUGACGUCAUUGGAUUGAGCAAACACAAGUGACUAACUAUUACCUUUCAAUUUAAGGUUCUGAAGGAAUGGCCUAAGGUAAUUCAAGAUGCCAAAGACACUGCGUUAUACGAUAAACUGCUGAAAGAGUUCAAUGGACUGAGCAAAGCUGAUCAGGAUACGGUAAAUGAGAUAUAUCCGGAGCUAAUCAAGACGCUGAGCAGUUCGUAUUGGAAUUCUUUGUUGAUGAAACUGCCUUUUCCGCGAUAA